GCCCGCGAGCAGGCGGUACCUCCCCAGGAGCCCUUCUCAGGAGAGGGUUUAGGAAGCGUUGCCAGCCCCAAAGCACAGCCGGCCCAUGUAGCACCUUCCCGAAACAGAGAUGGAGCAUCAGCUACGUCACGUGCUGCAGACCACCCGGAGCUGUCCCCUCGCGCCAGCACGCGAGAUGGGGGACCCUCUGCAGCCUUUGGGCUGCCCCAUGCUGCUCUAAGUGCCACCCCGCCAGGUGACAGGAGCAUGAAACGUAGCAGCAGCCAACUGUUGCAAGGCACUGGACGACCUGCUGGCCGCUGGGGGCUAGCGCUAGCUGGUGUAAACAGGAGCUGGAGCCCUUCUGCUCCUAACAUGAAUGCAACUAAUGAUGUGGACUUUCCUUCUGCCGAUAACUCUGAUCCUCUCGAGUUUGAUUUACUAACCUCCACUAUGCGACUUUAUAGUAGUAACAGCGCAGGGUUUGCUUCCUUCUUUCCUGGACUGACGCCAGAGGCUGGUCGUUGCCUGCCCUUCCCAGCCCGCCUGCCCUACUGUACCACCUUGGGCACCAAACAUUUCCGAUUGCCGAAUUAUCUCAGCCACGGCAGCGAGGCAGAAAUUUGGGCUGCUUUGCAUGAGUGGGAGGGGCUGCUUAAAUCGCGGUGUCACCGCUACUUGGAGUGGUUUCUCUGCUUGCUCCUGGUCCCUGGGUGUAACGCUUCUGUCCCCAUAACCCCCCCGCCAUGCCAGGGCUUCUGUGAGGCCGUGAGAGACCUGUGCUGGAUGCACUUGGCCGCUGGGCACCUGCCUCUCCUGUGUGACUCUCUCCCUGCGGAGGACGAAGGGUAUUCUUGUGUCUUUAUUAAUGUUUCUGCAGAGAAUUUGAGCACUGAAGUUAGCCUCCUGGAGCUGAUCGGAGACCCCCCGCCAGAGGAGAUCCUCAAAAUUUAUGGCCCCGACAACAACCCAGGCUAUGUCUUUGGACCCAAUGCCAACACAGGCCAGGUGGCCCGGUACCACCUGCCCAGCCCCUUUUACCGGGACUUUUCUCUCCUGUUCCACAUCCAGCCCACCACCCCCCGGGCCGGCGUGCUCUUUGCCAUCACAGACUCCUCGCAGAGCAUCAUCUAUGUGGGUGUCAAGCUCUCGGACCUGCGGGCGGGUAAGCAGCAGAUCAUCUUCUACUACACAGAACCGGGCUCCAAGACCUCCUAUGCGGCGGCCACCUUCACCGUGCCCACCCUGCCGAACCAGUGGACACCUGUGGAAGAGGACGAAGUCGUCCUCUACCUGGACUGCGAGGAGCACGAGCGGGUCCGCUUCGAGCGCUCCCCAGAUGAGAUGGAGCUGGAAGAUGGUUCUGGGCUCUUUGUUGCUCAGGCUGGAGGAGCUGACCCAGAUAAAUACCAGGGGGUGAUCGCUGACCUGAAGCUGAAAGGGGAUCCCCGGGCAGCCGAGCACCAGUGUGAGGAAGAGGAGGAUGACACUGAAGAGGUAUCUGGCGAUUUUGGCAGUGGAGCAGAGGAUGGACGCCAUCCCUUGGGAAAAGACAGGGGCAUCCCGGGGCUGGUGGAUGCCAUCCCUGUCACUUCUCCCCCCGUGGCUGCGGGCAGCGUGCCGAGGAUCGGCGUGGGCUCCCCGCCGCAGGCAGAGCGGAUCGGGGCAGAGGAGGCGCUGGGUCCUCCGGGUCCUCCGGGGAAAGACGGCAUGGUUGGGCAGCCAGGGCCCAAAGGAGAGCGGGGUGAUGUGGGGGACCUCGGCCUCCCUGGAGCACCUGGACCCAAGGGCAGCAAAGGAGAAACAGGGCCAGCAGGAACCCCGGGAGAAAUGGGGUUAGCUGGCCUUCCUGGACCCAUCGGACCCCGAGGGCAGCCAGGUCCCCCAGGCCCACCUGGACCACCGGGGCCGGGGUAUGAAGCUGGAUUUGGCGACAUGGAGGGCUCAGGGCUGCCGUUCACCGCCAGCUCCCCUGGACCACGCGGGCCCGAAGGACCACAGGGGCUGCCGGGACUGCCAGGAAUCAAGGGAGAUGCUGGCAGCCCUGGGCAGCCUGGCUUGCCAGGACUGAAGGGGGACCCUGGCAUGCCUGGUGUGGACGGCCGCCCUGGACUGGAGGGCUUCCCUGGACCACAGGGACCCAAAGGUGACAGAGGCAGCCCCGGUGAGAAGGGCGAACGAGGCCAAGAUGGUGUUGGGUUGCCCGGCCCCCCUGGUUUACCUGGCCCACCAGGACAGGUCAUCUACAUGUCGAAUGAAGACAAGUCUUUGGCAGCUUUGCCAGGCCCGGAGGGCAGACCGGGCCAUGCUGGCUUCCCAGGCCCUGUAGGACCGAAAGGAGACCAGGGAUCGCCUGGCUUCCCGGGCUCACCAGGGCUGAAGGGUGAGAAGGGAGAGCCUGGUGUCAUCAUUAGCCCAGACGGGACCAUUGUAGCUGCUAAUGUGAAAGGAGAAAAGGGGGAGCCAGGGCCACGGGGACCCAUGGGCCCAUCUGGCCCCCACGGACGCUCUGGACCGAAGGGAGAAAUCGGCUUUCCGGGCAGACCUGGGCGUCCAGGCAUGAACGGGCUAAAGGGUGAGAAGGGCGACCCCGCGGACAUCAGUGGCAUGCCAGGCUUGCGGGGUCCCCCAGGUCCCCCGGGCCCUCCAGGGCCCCCCGGGCCACCUGGCAGUGCAGUCUACGACAACGACGCCUUCGGUGACGCCAGCCAUCCUGCACUGCCGGCCUUCCCUGGUUUCCACCAGUUUCCAGGACAAAAGGGAGAAAAAGGAGAUGUUGGUGCUCCGGGCCCCCCGGGCCAGUUCCCGUACGACCUGAGCCGAUUCAGUGCCAGCUUGCGGGGUGAAAAAGGGGAUGCAGGCCUCAAGGGCGAGAAAGGUGAACCAGGCGGGACAGCGCUGUAUGGCCCCAGUGUCCCCGGGCUGCCAGGCCCACCGGGUCCCCAGGGCUACCCUGGCUUGCCGGGUCCCAAGGGGGACAGUAUUGUUGGGCCACCGGGGCCUCCAGGACCUCAGGGACCCCCCGGCAUUGGAUACGAGGGGCGGCAGGGCCCCCCUGGCCCGCCCGGUCCCCCUGGUCCUCCCUCCUUCCCAGGCCCACACAGACAAACUAUCAGCAUCCCUGGCCCUCCUGGCCCACCAGGACCCCCUGGACCACCAGGUACCAGCGGGACAUCUCCUGGGCUGCGCGCCCUGCCAACGUACCAGGCCAUGCUGAGCACCGCUCACGAGCUGCCUGAGGGCUGGCUCGUCUUCCUUGCUGACCGGCAGGAGCUCUACGUCCGCGUGCGCAACGGCUUCCGCAGGGUGCUGCUUGAGGAGCACACCCUGAUCUCCAGCUCUGCUCUGGAUAACGAGGUGUAUGACAAGCCACCCAGCGUCCACUACUCCCACGGCGGCACCAUCCCUUCGGGGUCCCAGCACCCCUUCCAGCCCCGUGGGCCCCUGCACCCUCUCCGCAACCACAGCCCCCCGCCCACCGCCCGGCCCUGGCGAGGGGACGACAUCGUGGCCAACCAGCACCGUCUUCCUGAGCAGCCUCUACUCCAUCACGGGACCCAGCAUCAGCAAGAGCUCCUGAACAGUUACUACAUCAACCGCCGGCCGGAUCCAGCCCCUGUAGCCACCCACGUGCACCAGGACUUCCAGCCGGCCCUCCACCUCGUGGCUCUGAAUGCCCCGCUGAGCGGCAGUAUGCGCGGCAUCCGGGGAGCUGACUUCCAGUGCUUCCAGCAAGCCCGUGAGGUUGGCCUCCUGGGCACUUUCCGGGCCUUCCUCUCCUCCCGCCUGCAGGACCUGUACAGCAUCGUGCGCAGGGCCGACCGCAGCACAGUGCCCAUCGUUAACCUCCGGGACGAAGUCCUCUUCAGUAACUGGGAGUCCCUCUUUGCGGGCAGCGAGGCCCCGUUUCGGGCCGGCGCACGCAUCCUCUCCUUCGACGGCCGCGACGUCCUGCGGGACUCGGCGUGGUGAGUGCAGGGUCCCCGGGGACUCGGUUAUCGGCCUCAGCUAGCGUGUGGCGGUUAGACAGUGUGGGCAUGCCAGAUA